AUGGCCGACGCAAGCGAGCGAGGGAGCGGCCGCAGUCACAGCCACAACCGUGGCCGGAGCCAGGGCCAGGGCCAGGGCCGUGGCCUUCCCCACCAACACCACCAGCACCAGCACCAGCGGCGCCGCGGGCGGUCGUCGUCCCGGGACUCGGCCUACUCCUCUUCAGUGUCGUCGUCGGCCGACACGGGUGCAACCGCCGACAGCCGCCGAAUUACCGGCAAGCACCACCGCCACCGCGACGGCCGGGAGCUGGUGGUGCGCGAGCGGUACGGCGUGCCCGCGCGCUAUGCUGCCGCGCCGUCGUCGCAUGGCGCCAACGAGAACGACUUUGAAGAAUACACGGUCGAUUGGGACGGCCAGACAGACUCGCGGCAGCGGCAGCGGCAGCGGCGGCGGCAGCAGCAGCAGCAGCGGGAACGCCAGCGGAGGAAAGGGCACCACCACAUGUCUAGCCUGUUUAUUGCCUGCGGCAUCUUUCUCGCCUCGCUGAUUCUGUGUUUUGACUGA